ACUUCUGCAUUUACAGUUUUUGAUCGUAAGGCAAAAAAAUUACAAAGAGAUCGAGCUGCUUUAGAUAUUGAAGCUAGUAAACAAGUUGACUAUCUUAAAGACGAAGUUGCAUAUAGACUUGUGGAUAGAUUGUUGGAUAUUAAGCGAAAGUAUGAUACAAUUGUUGAUUUAG